AUGCCCUACUACGGCGUCGACUUCCCCGACGGCGCCAGACCCACCGGAAGGUUCAGCAACGGCUACAACGUCGCCGACUUGGUUGCGAAGGCUAUGGGGUUCAAGAGGAGCCCGCCGGCGUACCUGUCGCUCUCGCGGCGCUCCGGCCGACGACAUCGUCUCGUCGCCAGGGGCAUCGGCCGAGUGAACUAUGCUUCUGGAGGAGCUGGGAUUCUCGACUCCACUUUCGCCGGGAAGAACAUCCCGUUGUCAAAGCAAGUGCGCAACUUCGAUGCGACCAAGGCUCAGAUGGUACUAAAACUGGGUGCCACCACGGCGAAGCACCUGCUCUCCAAAUCGCUCUUCCUCAUCGCCAUCGGCACCAACGACAUGGCCGCGUUCGCCACAUCAUUAGCAAACAAUGGCCAGAUGCAGAGCCACGCCGUCGUCGCCGCCUUCUACUCCGACCUCAUCUCCAACUACUCAGCCACCAUCACAUUCACGUAUGAGCAUCAAUUUGCAAUGAAAAUCUCAGGAAAUCAUCUGACAGCAAUGAACAGGGCUGGCUCCGCCCCUGCGAGGAAGUUUGCCGUGAUCAACGUGGGCCGGAUCGGGUGCGCGCCAAUAGAGCGCCUGCAGAGCCCGACGGGCGCUUGCGACGACGGCGCCGACGCGCUCGCCGCCGGCUUCGACGACGCGCUCAGGUCUCUCCUGGCGAGCCUCGGCUCCGGCGAUGACCACCGCCUGGACGGCCUGACCUACUCCCUCGGCGACCUCGCGUGCUGCGGCGGCGGGCGGCUCGGGGCGCAGAGCGUCUCCGGCCAGCCGAACUCGACGCUGUGCGGCGACCGCCGGUACCACCUCUUCUGGGACUACGGCCAUCCCACGCAGCGCGGCGCGGAGGUCAUCGCGUCGGCGUUCUACGACGGCCCCGAGCAGUUCACCACGCCAGUCAACUUCGAGCAGCUGGUCCGGGCAUGA